UCCCGGUUGUGGGAUUUUUUUUUAAGUCAGAGACAGACACAGCUGUUGAGCAAAAUGCAGACUCCACAGAAAACCCAAAGCCUCAGACCCUUCAAGCAGAGGAAGAGCUUAGCAACCAGACAAGAGGAAGUUGCUGGAAUCCGGGCAAAGUUCCCAAACAAGAUCCCGGUGAUAGUGGAACGCUACCCCAGGGAGAAGUUCCUGCCUCCGCUGGACAAGACCAAGUUCCUGGUCCCACAGGAGCUGACCAUGACCCAAUUCCUCAGCGUCAUCCGGAGCCGCCUGGUCCUCGGGGCCACCGAAGCCUUUUAUUUGCUGGUGAACAACAGGAGCCUCGUCAGCAUGAGUGUGACCAUGGCAGAAGUCUACAGGGACUACAAGGACGAGGACGGCUUUGUGUAUGUGACCUACGCCUCCCAGGAGAUGUUUGGCUGCUCGGGGUCAGCUCGGACCCUGCCAUACUCUCUAGUGCGUGUCAAGAGCCAGUCCUCUAACCUGUGGAGGGACAGACUGCCUCCUGUGUGUGUGGCAGGCGGUCCAGGGAACAGGGCUGCCCCUCAGUGAUCGGCACUCCCCAGGACAGGAAGGCCUGGCCGCCCCUGUAUCUUUAUGGGGCCCCAUGCUCUGUGUGCUCUAAGACAGUGGGCUGGCUCUUGGGAACUCUGGACAUACUAAGUCUUUUCUGAGUAAGAAAUGGUGAGCUUGUGUGAUGGUUUUGUGCGGUGAGCUGGAGAUGGAUUUUACGUGUCUUCUGUGGUGGGAGCGUCAGGCCCUUGGGGAGUUUGAUUUCACCCCCGUGUGGGGAGGAGUCCCACGUGUGCUCGGUCAUAGGGAACCUCGGGCUGUGGACGGGUCCCUGUGGAGCCCCCAUGUGGAGCCGGUGUGAACCGGCUCAUCUGGAGGCGGGGGUCCUUCUCUGUAUUGUUACAGAGAUGACCGUUGUAUUUCCACAGCGUUCGCUCAAUUUGCUUAUUUCCUCUUCGAUUCUGUUGUGUGUACUUAUGCAGUACAGAUUUAUGCCAAAGAUUCAACUGUUCAAUACAAAGUCACUUAACUCCUGUGCAUGUUUGCUAUGUGCCAGGCACCCCGUGUGCUCAUCACAACCCUCUAUGGCUAAUUAUUGUGAUCUUCAUUACACAAUGAGGAAGUGGAGGCCCAGCAAGGUCAAAAAUAUUUUCCAAACUCACACAACAAGGUCUGCUGGCAUGGGAGCCCAGGGAGUCUGGCUUUGGACGCUGCCCGCAGUCCUCAUUCUCUGCGAGAACCCCUUCUGAUGAGGUUACUCUGAGAGAUCCAGCUGGCUGCUUGAGUUACAGAGCCCACGUUCACCAAUUUAGCCCAUGGGGAGACCUGCAAAGUGGGGUGCGCAGGAGAGCUUGGCAAAUGAAUGAUGGUGGGUGUUUUGUUUAGAAGCUGCGGCACAAAGUACCAGCAUAUUUGUCGGGGAAGGCUUUGCAGGGUGUUCAGCUUGAGCAGGGUUUUGAAGCAUGGAUAGGAGUUUGUCUCGAAAGGAUUUUUACCUAUUUAUACUCAACAUACAUUUACUGAGCACUUACUAAAUGGUAAGCACUAUUCUAGGUCGUGGAAAUACAACAUUAACCAAGACAGGAAAGGUCCCAGCCCUCAGGAGUCACUUCAAUUCCAGGGAGGGAGAAAAGACAAUAUUCGAGACGAGUUUAGAUGCUUAUAAGUACAAUAAAGAAAAAUAAAACAAAACAGAAGGUGAUUCAAAGAUUUAAUCCUUUCAGCAGGAUGGCCAGAGAGAGCUUCUGGGAGGGAAGAACUUUCACUUGGACCCGAAGGAUGACCACGAGCCAGUGGUGGAGGCUGAGCAUGCCAGGGAGGGAAGGUGGCCGGGCAGAUCCAAACAUGUGAGCCUGACAAACGGAGAGGAUUCUGGGCGGAGGCAGCGGGGAAGGGGAGAGAAGUUAAGCAGGGGCCAGGUCUACAGGGUCAACUUUGCUAAGGUGUUUGGAGUUUGUUUUAAGGUUGCUAAGUAGGAAAGGAGAAGCAUUCUAACUGGAGAAAGAG